CAUUGAGCUUAUAUGACUUCAAUCAAGUUGAUCAAGUUCAGUCUUGGAUCAACGUCGGUUUGUGUCGGACGCGAGUUAUAAAUUAUAACUUAAUCUGUUUGUGAUCGCGUAAACACGCGGCUUGUGAUGGCUAUAAGAGGAUUUAUUGUGUGUUUGUGUGUCACCCUGUGUGUACAAAAUGUGAUCUGUCAAUUUGGUUUCUUCAAUCAAAGGGGUAAUAAUGGUUUCUUUGGCCAAGAGUUUAUGCAACCCAGAAGACAAGAUAGGUUUAACUUCUUCAACACCCGACCACAAAGACCAGUGAUCAAUCCACAAAAUAAUCAGGACAAUAUAUACGUCUAUGAAAUAAGUCCAGGAUCUCCAAACCAAUAUGACUAUAAUGGAAGACCUGUCGUGUUCCCAACAAACCGACCAAUGUAUAACCAGAAUGGUCAGAAUAAUGGAAACGUUAAUUUCCAAAACAAUCCUAACAAUGUCAACUUCCAGAAUCCAAACAAUGGGAUGUUCCAACCCAACCCAAACAAUGGGAAUUUCCAACCAACAGGCCCUUAUGAUGGUGGUUUUCAACCAGCGCCUAAUGAUGGUAGCUUCCAACCGCCCCCUAAUGACGGUAACUUCCAACCAGGACCAAGUGAUGGUAGCUUUCAGCCAGGAGCAAGUGAUGGUAGCUUCCAACCUGCUCCUAGUGAUGGUAGCUUUGAACCCGCCCCUAACGAUGGUAGUUUCCAACCAAAUAACGACAAUGAAGUAACCAAUACAGAUGAGGAGAAACCCUCUCAAAACGGAUCUAAUGGAGGAUUUGAGGAGGUGAAGACUACCACUACACCUAGUACAGAAGACGUCGGCGUCACAGCACCAAAUGAUCCAGUCAACCUUGAUGAUGUCCCGACAUGGAAACCACUGACUCCAGUGCCAACUGUCUCCACGGAAUCAAGGAACAACUUUAAUUUCCAACAAAAUCCAAAUCAAGGAGUGUUCAAGGAGACCUGCCCAACGGUAGAAGGCGGUCUCGGCACGUGUAUCUCGGUGUACGAGUGCCAGCCCUACAUCGCCGUGCUGCGCGAGUCCAGGACCAACCCUAACGCCGUGCAGCUGCUGCGGAAGGCACACUGCGGGUUCGAGGGAACUGCUCCAAAGGUAUGCUGUCCACUGCCCGGUUUCCCAGAACCACAAAAACCUCUUCCGAAGCCAACCACGACCACCACCACUACCACUACCACCACGACUCCGAAACCGACGCCAGCGCCAAAGGAUGCCAAUGCAGUAGCGCAGUUAAGCCCUGAGGACUUCGUGGCUGCGCUCCCUGAUCCUCCAGUCUGUGGGUUCAGCAAUGCUUCUCUCGGAAGAGUCGUUGGUGGAGUUGAUGCUGGUUUGGGAGACUUCCCAUGGAUGGCACUCCUCGGUUACAAGAGUAAACGGACGCAAACUACCAACUGGCUGUGCGGAGGGUCCCUCAUCAGCUCUCGACAUGUCCUCACCGCUGCCCACUGCAUCCACAACCAUGAAGAAGACCUGUACGUAGUUCGACUAGGUGAGCUGGACUUGGCGAAAGAGGACGAGGGAGCGACUCCGCUGGACGUGCUGAUCAAGCAGAAGGUGAAGCACGAGCAGUACAGCGCCACCUCCUACACCAACGACAUCGGCAUCCUCAUACUGGACCGGGAAGUCACUUUUACUGAGUUGAUCAAGCCGAUCUGUAUCCCCAAAGACGAGAAACUGAGAGCCACAACCUUUGAAGACUACAACCCUUUGAUUGCCGGGUGGGGCAAUACACAAUUCCGUGGUGCAGCAGCCACACACCUCCAAGUGCUGCAGCUGCCAGUGGUGGGCAACGACUACUGUAUGCAGGCGUACAGCGCGUACAAAGCGCAGAAGAUCGACGAGCGCGUGCUCUGCGCAGGGUACAAGCAGGGAGGCAAGGAUGCUUGCCAGGGUGACAGCGGUGGACCUCUCAUGCAGCCUAUUUGGAGUCCAACCUCACACAAGACGUACUUCUACCAGAUAGGAGUGGUCUCCUACGGCAAGAACUGUGCUGAAGCCAACUUCCCAGGCGUCUACUCCAGGGUCACGCACUUCAUACCCUGGAUCGAGCAGAAAGUUCUAGGAAGAACCACAACGUGACUUCAAUUUUAAAGUUCGUCACAUUAAAAGGCUUUAAUUUUUAGACGAUUCUUCGACUUGUCACGAGGCGAGGCCAACUCGAAUUUAAUGUUUAUGUCACAAUAGUAGUUAGUAUAGGGAAUAAAAUAUGUGUGUGUGAGUGUUUAUUGUAUUUGUAUUCAUCUGUUUUUUUGCUGUUCUUUCUUAUUGUCUUUUAUAACUGUGAUAGUUAUUUGUCUGUGGAGAAUUAAUUAUAUUUAACUAUCUAUACAACAUAAUGAGACGCACAUGCACGUGUGUUGCCUUAUUAAGUUUUGUCUCAAAUCGGGUCGGCCUCGCCUCAAGUCACAAAAGUUCGUCACGCCAAGAAUAUCUCAACAAGCUCUCACAAAAUGUUAAAUUAAGUUAUAAGUUACGCAUAAGUAUUGACUACUGUUAUAUUUUAAUAAUUAUUUAAUUAUAGUAUUUGUAAGCAUAGUUCUUGUCACUAAAAUAUUAUUUUUGUAUAUUCUGAAUACGCAAACAAGCGACUUUUUUAAUUUAAAUAAAUGCUCACGUUUUAAUAA